AUGGAGGAACUGGCAUCCAUGCAGUCAAUGAAAGGGACAACAACAGGGAGUGAUUUCCUAACGGAAGUAAAUGCAUGUUUAGACAAGUUGGGACUGAAAUGGGACAAACUUGUAGGUGUGACAACAGAUGGUUGUCCAAAUCUGACGGGGAGAAAUGUUGGACUUUUGAAGAGAAUGCAGGAUAAAGUUACCGAAAUUAACCCUGAGCAGAAAUUGACAUUUUUGCAUUGUAUUAUACAUCAGGAAGUGUUGUGUAGGUCAGUAUUAAAAAUGAACUAUGUUGUUGAUGUUGUAACUAAAACUGUUAACUUCAUCAGAGCAAGAGCACUGAAUCACAGACAGUUUGUUGCACUAUUGGAGGAAAAUGAGUCUGAACAUUGUGACAUCAGCUACCACACAAGUGCCAGGUGGCUGAGCCUGGGAAAAGUCCUGAAAGUUUUCUGGGACCUGAGAGAGGAGAUCUGGCAGUUCUGUGAGAACAAGGGAAAUGACAUCCCUCAACUUUCAGAUGCAGACUGGCUGGCAGACCUUGGUUUUGCUGUAGACGUGACUUCUCGGAUGAAUGACGUGAAUGUCAAACUGCAAUGCAGGGGCCUUUUUGUGCAUGAAAUGUACAGCGCAGUGAAGGCUUUCAUGAGAAAGUUGCAGCUUCUCUCAAGCCAAAUGGGGAACAAUAUUCUUACUCACAUGCCAACACUGAAGGAAGCCAAACCAUCAGCUGAUCACCUCCACAGCUGCAAUGUGGGUAAUGCACCCAGUGAUGUUCAGAUGGAACUCAUUGACUUGCAGUCUGACACACUUCUGGCAGCACACUUUAGGUCUGUCCCACUGCUUGAGUUUUACUCAUCACUCAAAGAGGAGAACUUUCCACAUAUGAGGAGACAUGCUCUGAAAAUUCUAGUCCUCUUUGGAUCUACCUACAUAUGUGAACAGACAUUCUCAGUGAUGAAGUUCAACAAAUCCUCUAUCACUGAUGACCACCUCUCAGCUAUCCUUCGCAUAGCCACCUCAGAUAUUCCGCCAGAUUUCAGUGCACUUGUUCAAGCCCAAGACAGACUGGAUUUCUCCCACUGA